UCGGAGAUCCAGCCUCCUCCAACCUCCUCGCGAACAAACCCCGAAUCCAAAUCCUCGCACUCCAUUCCAUUCCACCCUCAGAUCACGAGCAGCAGAGCAGGGGAGACCGGAUCGGAGAUGAUGCACGGCGCGGGAUCGUCGGACGCGGCGGCGGCGGCGUCGCUGGAGCUGCAGGAGUCCGGGUGGGAGGAGCUGCGGCGGGAGGCGCGGAAGCUGGAGGGCGACCUGGACGUGAAGCUCUCCUCCUACGCGCGCCUCGCCGCGCGCUCCUCCUCCUCCUCCCCCACCGCCGACCGCUCCUCCUGGAAGUCCACGGAGCUCGAGAUCCAGGCGCUGCUCGACAAGCUGCAGGACGUCAACGACGCCAUGAGCCGCUGCGCCGCGCCCGCCGCCCCCUCCAAUGCCUCCGUCUCCCAGAAGCUCGCGCGCCACCGCGACAUCCUGCACGAGUUCACGCAGGAGUUCAGGAGGACGCGGGGGAACCUGAGCUCCAUGAGGGAGCACGCGGAUCUCCUCAGCUCCGUGCGCGGCGACAUCACCGAGUCCAAGGCUACCGGCGGCAUGUCGCCCAGGGUGCAUUUGCUCCGGGAGAGGGCUUCGAUUCAUGGCAGCAUCAACCAGAUCGAUGAGGUAAUUGGCCAAGCUCAAAGCACAAGAUCAGCCCUAUCCAACCAGAGGGCCCUGUUUGGAGAUGUUCAGGGAAAAGUCAAGCAGCUUGGUGAAAAAUUCCCUGUUGUCCGAGGCCUUCUUGGCGCCAUCAAGAGGAAGAAAUCAAAGGACACAAUCAUUCUUUCAGCAGUAAUCGCAGCCUGCACCAUGUUUUUGAUCAUUUAUUGGCUCUCGAAAUGAUGAGAACAUUGCUGGAAAUUGCGGCGGCGGCUUUCCCUCUCGGCACAGGCGACAACAAAUGGCAUAGACUAGGGAACGUGAGAUUCCAUAGUCAUCAGCUUCCAGCUAGCUUCCCCUGACGUAUCUUAUUCCUGGAGAUCUCUGUAGAGCAAUUUAGCUUGGUGGAUUGCCUGAGAGGCCACACCGGUUGAGUAUAUAUGAUGGUGCCCUUCUGAUACUUUAUCUUACAAUACAACUUGUUUGGACUUGGCCUCUUCUGGGGUGCUGUAAUUUUCUCUAUUAUUGCGGGAACUGAUCACAGGGACAGUGAACUGGUUGAGUAAAUAUGGUGACACUCGACUGAUACAUCAUCUUACA